AAACGACUGUCCAGCUCUCUUCAUUCGCCAUUACAGAAUCACUCUCGGAGUGUCUUCUCUUCUUGCGCUCACUUUUCAAUUCGGCAAUGUUCUUCGACAUCUGCCACGUGUUAGCUACAUUAAGUGCCUUGAUGUAUGGAUGAUAUUUUCUGUGAUUUUCAUAUUUUGUACGCUUGUCGAACUUGCUAUUGUAUGCCAAUUGAAUAGAUGGGAACGUGAGCGGCAAAUUGGUUCGAAGGUGCUCGGCCAUUGGCUCAAUCAAAUACGAAAGACUCGACGGAAUGAAAAUCGCUCAAACGGCGAAGGAGUCCGUCGGCGGCUUCCGUUAAGUUCCGGCCACUCACCACCGAAAGAAUCGCCUGCGCAUAAUACUGUAAUUACACGGCAAACAGCUAACUCCGUCAUUCAUCAGCGCAAACCUUUUGAUCAGGUUGCGUCUCAAGACAGCUGCUCUUACGAUGAAGAAAAAAAGUACGGUUGCUGGCGGAAUACGGUACAACGACUAGUGUAUGCUCUCUGUCCGCCUGAUAGAGAUUGGACAAUCACCUCAGUACAGCACUGUUCCGAAAGUGCGACCUUUUUUCUAAUUGGCGGAAAGACUUCUUCCGUCCAUGAUGACAGCAAUGAUGAAGGCGUUGACGUGUCUUUUCUCUCGUGCUUGGGCGUGUGGGCGGGUUUGGAUCCGACCGUUGCCGCUGGCAUCUUUGUAGGAUUCGGUCGUUUCAGCGGCACUGUUGGUUUGGACUGUGGGGUUGGUCUUGGCACAGAUAGUGAAGCGACACUUGUGCUUUUCUCAGCUGUUGCGGAUGACGUCUUCGGCUUAUCCAUGGCUCCAUGGCUAAAUAUGCGAAACUAA